AAUAUUUCCGGGCAUUCGAGUUCACGCAGUUUCAUCGAAAUAUGAUGUUACUGGAUUAAGCAAAAAGACAGUUCUUGAGACAUCACUGUCUCACGGAUUAGCCGGUGCUAUAUACCAUGCUUAUAAUGAACAUCAACAUUUACGCUUCACUCCAGAUGACGUUUGGCUUACAAUUGCUCAAGGUGUGAGUCAACAUAUUAACUAUAAUGCUGAAAAAUUCCGCAGCAAAUUUGUUCGACACGAAGGUAAAAAACAAAUAUCAAUUUUCGCUGGAGAUAUUCUUCAGCUAUCCAAUAAUUUUAUAACAGGCGACUGGCCGAAAGCUAUUAAUCGGCUUGUAAUCGCAACUGAUGAACAUGUCAAAGAACGUAAUUUAAGUUCGCUCUUAGAAUGUAAUUUCUCCACAACAACGUCCAUUUCUCAAACUGCCUCAAGAAUAGUUUUGUUGGAGGCGCUUAAGGCGUAUUUUAGUUAUAAGUUCUGUACAAUGUGUGGUAUUCCCAAGGUUACCUUAGAAGGUACCCUUGAAGACUGGAUUAAGAUUGAAGAAAAAGUUAAGAAUCUUCGGAAAUUGUCACUUGAAAUGGACUUUUGGUUAGAUCGGUUGGAUCCAGUA